AGUCUGUGUGUCAUCCUUCUCUUCCUCCCUCCCUCCUCCUUCUCUCUCCCUCUCUAUCCAUCGCUCCGAGGACCAGAGUGCCUGCAGACUUGUUUCUCUCUCCCUGGCCCACUCCCCCCUCCCUCGCCUCCUCUCUUUCGCUCUGUCUAACUCUCUCCAUCUCUACUCUGGCUCGCCUCCCUGCUCUCUCUUUCUCUUUGCACACACAGUCAACAAAAGCGAGGUCAGAGGAGAGGGAUGAGGGUAUAACGAAAGAGAGGAAGAGGAGGAAGAGCGAAACCUUGGAAGCAGUGGAAAGACUAGAGAAACAUCAAGUUUGGAAAACCAUUGGCAUCCUCUCUCUUGAGGAGUAGUUCUGAUCUGUGUUCUUAUUGGAGGAGAGAAGUAAGAGGUCAGAGGUGAAGGGGAAGUGUUAUGUGUGAGAAACUCAGCAUGCUGAAUCUACAGAACACCUCCAGCUGGACUGGGCCAAACAACUGGUACCAUCAACCAACACAGCACGAUGGCUGUGUGGUGGAUGAUGUGAGCGUGCGGAUGGUGGGAGGAGGAGAAGGAGUGCAAAGAGAGAGGGAUGAGGUAGAGGACGCCCAGCAUCACCUCCAGCUGAAGAGAAAGCUCCAGAGGAAUCGCACCAGUUUCACCCAGGAGCAAAUUGAUGCGCUGGAGAAAGAGUUUGAACGGACACAUUACCCAGAUGUCUUUGCCAGAGAGAGAUUGGCAGCUAAAAUCGACCUUCCAGAGGCUCGCAUUCAGGUGUGGUUUUCCAAUCGGCGAGCUAAAUGGAGGAGGGAGGAGAAGUUGCGCAAUCAGAAGAGGUCAGGCGGCGGGACUUCCUGUUCUCAGGCACAUGCCCCCCUCAGCACCUCCUUCAACACAGGUGUCUAUCACUCUCACCAUGGUAACAGCUCAGCCUCGAUGCACAGUCGCAGUGACAACUCUCUCUCAAGCUACGGCUCUCUCUCAGUCUUCUCCAAUAUGCAGUCGUUGCCCCCCCAGUCCACUCCCUCUUACCCCUGCAUGCUCCCUCCCUCCCCCUCUCCUCCCCCCCUGCCCCGGAAGUUUGACUCCCUCUCUUACCCCUCUCCUCACCUACCUCCCCCUCACUCUGCCAGCUCCAACACAGGAUAUCUCUCUCCUGGUGUGUCGGGUAGUGAGCAGGACUUAGGUCAGUACUGGACCAGACUCCAGUGAGAAUAACACAGUUACGGCAUGACACUAGACCACCACCAGACCUGCCAGUAUCUGAAGAUCCACCUAUUCUCUGUGACAGACUAAGAUACCCAAACACCCAAUCCGUUACAAUCCAAAGCGAUUACAAUCAGUCAUUCUAAUAAUGACAAAACGACCAAAAAAAAGUAUCAAUGACCUACCACAGCCAAUAACAAUCAUGGAUGACCUUGGAACCACCAAUGACAAUCUAGUAUGGGCCUGAAGCAGC